AGUAUUCUCAGAAGUUUGUGGGAAGCGAGUAAAGGUGGACGUCGAGCUCAGAAGAAAUCCGCGACAGAAACAGGUUGGAUGGUGCCGCAGGCCGGCGCCAUUUGAACCGACGAGCUGGGCGAAGGGAACGGUUUCCUUCCUUGGGUCGCGGGUGUGAACGACACGCAAACGGGACCGGAUUUUCCCGGGUCUCGUAGAGACAGGUGCGAAGGCGUGCCUCCACGAUGGGGGUCGCCGACGACUUCGCGCCCAGCUUUACGCAGAAGCCGCAACUGCGACAGGAGGACGACGGCAAUCGGCUGAUAUUCGAGUGUCAGCUAGUGAGCUCACCUAAACCCGACAUCGCCUGGUUCCGCGGCGAGACCGAGCUCAGCGAGGAUGACAGAACAAAUUUCAAGAUGCAGAGCGUCGGGACCAACAAGUUCCUGGUGGUGCUCGAGCUCGACGACGUCAUCGAGACCGACGCGGGCCUCUAUAAGGUCAAGGCGAAGAACAAGAUGGGCGAGGUUGCUGCCUCCAUCAACCUCAACUUUAGUCCAAUGGAUGAGCCUAGAGAGAAGUAAGUCGGUGAAGUUUGUGAACCGAGAGGAAGACUCG